UCAAAUUCUAAUACUAAAAUGAAGCCAAAACACGAUGGAAAUGAGAAAAGCAUGUUCCACAUGAUUUCCACUUAGACUCAGCGGGUAGUCAAUUAUAUAGUUUAUAUAUACAGCUAACAGACAUAACCCUUUUCUCGGUUCUGGUUUUCUAGCCUUUGCACUAAGCUAGGAUUGAAGUCGAAAAGCAGAGCAAUGAGUUACAAGCCUGUUCCUGGUGAGCCUCCACCCCCACCCCCGCCAGGUUCCUGGCCUCCGCCGCUGCCGCCAUCAGACUACCCUCCUCCACCAGGCCCCCCACCCCCGCCGCCGCCACCAUCAGACUACCCUCCACCACCAGGCCCCCCACCGCCGCCACCUGGCUAUCAGGGUUACUUUUAUCCUCCGCCACCGCCAAACCCAACUCCACCCCCGCCCCCUUCACACCAAGAGGAUGGUGACCCUGACUGCUGUUCAGUCCUCAAAGGCUGUUUGGCUGCAAUUUGUUGCUGCUGGAUAUUGGACGCAUGCUGUAUUUAGGCCAUUAGAUGCAUCUGAUGUUUAUUUAUUUUGCUUUUGAUAGAUUGAUUUGAGAUGUCCUGCAUUAGUGUUGCAGUAUUACUGGAAAAUUGAACCUGUAGAUGCAAAUUAUGAAGACAAGUGCAUGCUUACAUGAUGAAGGGGAAGGCUUUCACGUUUGCAAUUGUAAUCCUAUAUUUUAA